GCGGUGACCUAAUUAAGGCGCGACUCGGCUUGUCCGCUGUUUUGUACGUAAGCGGGGAAGAUGGCGGCGUGUGCAGUGCUGCGAUGUGUUUCAGCUCGUUUCUCUCAGCGGCUGUCCCUCCGCCUCUCACCUCCCGCCCGCCUGCUCCUCACAACCCGCUUCACACGAGACCUGUCCGCUUCCGCCCGCCUCACUGCAGCACUAAAGUACACAGACAAGCAUGAGUGGGUACGAGUGGAAGACGGCGUUGGCACUGUUGGCAUCAGUAAAUUUGCCCAGGAGGCCUUGGGCGAUGUGGUCUACUGUGGUCUUCCAGAUGUUGGAACAAAGCUCUCCCAAUCAGAUGAGUUUGGUGCUCUCGAGAGUGUAAAGGCAGCUAGUGAGCUAUAUUCCCCGUUAACGGGUGAGGUGACCGAGGUCAACAAUGCCCUUUCUGACAAUCCUGGGCUGGUCAACAAGUCUUGCUACAAAGACGGCUGGCUGAUAAAAAUGACUAUAUCCGUACCAGAAGAACUGGACGCUCUUAUGGAUGAAGCUGCUUAUGAAAGAUAUAUCAGAUCUAUAGAAGACUAGUGGCCAAUUAGAACAACAGCAUGUAAGCGUUUUACAUGUGACAGAGUUCUCCUUUGGAUGAACAGGAAAGAGACAAUAUGGUCAACAGUGGACUGGCCAUUCCCUGACUACUGAUUCCUCUGUUUAGAGCUACUUUUUGUUUAGAUGGCUUAGAUCUAAUACCCAUAAUUAUAAGCCCCCCACUCAGUCUCACACACAGCAUGGAGGGAACCACCGGGGAGGAAAAAUGGUGCAGAUUUAGAAACUUCAGUAUUUUACUAAUUUUUGUUUGUUUUAGAUCAUUAGAGAUCUUAAGGCAGCCACCAUAACCAGUUGUUCAUCCACAGUAGAAGGAAACGAAUGGUUCAGUACAGUCUUCCGUUCAGCAGACGUGCUAUGUAAAGGCAUGCUGUGACAGUGAAAUGUAUGGGGUCUGUAUAACAGACUAGAGUUUGGCACACAGUUAAGCACUUGUGAGUAUUAAGAAGAAGAGGUAUGUUGUCCAUGUGUCCAGUUGGAAUUGGUGACCAAAGGUUGAUCUCAUUCUUGCUUAUUCAGGUUCAAAGUCAGCAGCUGGUAGGUGGAGAUUAACACUUUAUUAAAUGACUACUUCAUUUCUCAAA